AUGGAGGUACAGCAGAGCAGAGGCAAUGUGGGAAGGCAUGUGGUUAAACACGCUGGUGAAAAACCCUACAUGUGUGGGGAGUGUGGGUACAAGACAGCGCGAAAGUACCAUUUAUCCCUACAUAUGAAUACCCAUACAGGAGAGAAGCCCUACAAGUGUGGGGAGUGUGAGCACAGGGCAGCUCAAAAGUCCGACUUAUCCAGACAUAUGAGAACCCAUACAAAAGAUCGACCCUACAAGUGUGACCAAAGAAAACACACCGGUGAGAAACCCUACGUGUGUGGAGAUUGUGGGUACAGGACGGCUGUGAAGUGCAACCUAUCCAUACACAUAAGAACCCACACAGGAGAAAAACCCUACAAGUGUGACCAGUGUGACGUUUCUGUAGCAAACAAAUCUCACUUGAACCGACACUUACGAAAACACACCGCAGACAACACCACAUUGACCAAUCAUCAAAAAAAGCACACGGGUGAGAAACCCUACAUGUGUGGGGAGUGUGGUUUUAGAACAACUCGAAAGUCUAUAUUGUCGGCACAUAAAGAUACCUUGGACGCCCAUGUAGCAACCCACACUGGUGAGAAACCCUACACGUGUGAAGAGUGCGGGCACAAAUGUGGGUACAGGACAGCUAGGAACUUUGAUUUAUCCAAACAUAUGAGAACCCAUACAGGAGAGAAACCCUACAAGUGUGACCAGUGUGACUAUUCUGCUGCACAAAAACAGCAUUUACACUCCCAUCUAGCAAAACACACUGGAGAGAAACCCUACAUGUGUGGGGAGUGUGGGCACAGAGCGGCUCGAAAGUCACACUUAAUGGUACAUAUGAGAACCCACACUGGUGAUAAACCCUACAAGUGUGACCAGUGUGACUAUUCUACUGCACAGAAAGGCAUGUUGGACCAACAUCUAAUGAAACACAGUGGUGAGAAAUGUGUGGAGAGUGCGGGUACAUAACAACAAUAAAGUCUAACUUAUCCAAACAUAUGAGAACUCAUACAAGACAAAAGCGCUACAAAUGUGACCAGUGUGACUAUUCUGCUGCAAAAAAAUCCUCCUUUAACUGACAUGUAAGAAAACACACCGGUAAAAGGACCUAGAUGUGCGGAGUGUGCGGGUACAGGGCAACUCAAAUGUCGAACUAGCCAAGCAUAUAUGAGGAAGAAAUACAUGUACAACUAUGUAUUUAGUGUUACUGGCAUCUAGGACAUCUCAUCCUUAUCUACUUUUCAGAAGACGUACGAAAGAAACUAAAUCCACAAGUGUGACAAUUGUACAGCAAACAGUACA